UCUCUCUUCCAAAUUAGCAAAAAAGUAAAGGGACGAUGCGAUCGGGCUAACUAGUGCAGCACCUACUUAGAGCGAGAAAGCUAGAGAGAGUGAGUGUGUGUGAAGCGAGGGGGAGAGAGAGAGAGAGACAUUGGCAUCGAGUAAACGAGAGUGUGGAUUGAGUGAUACUCGUGGAGAGAAACAUCGUCGCCGACGUUGUUGAGAUCCAAUGCGAAAAGGCACUGAUUCAAUCUAAAUCGGAAAUAUGAAAGGCGGAGGAGUCGGUGGCGGAGGCGGAGGCGGCGGAGGAGGAAAGCGCCGGUGGAAAGUUCUGGUGAUUGGAGUGUUGGUUCUCGUAAUCCUCUCAAUGCUGGUUCCUCUUGCUUUCUUGCUCGGCCUCCACAACAGCUUUCACUCUCCAGGAAUCGUCACUCUCCAGCCUUCUUCUCCUUUCGAGAGAAGCAGAAUCAAUGCUACCAAACAUUCACAGAGAGAUCUAUCUAACAGAGUCGAUCAGGUUCUCCAGAAAAUCAAUCCAGUGCUUCCCAAGAAAAUCGACAUAAACGUGGUUCCCAGAGAUAUGAAUAGGACAAGCAUCAGUGAUUCUAAAAACAGAGGAUUACCCGUGUCCCCAGCUGUUGUUGCCAACCCAAGCCCUGUUAAUAAAACAAAAACCGAAGUCUCGCACAAAGGUGUUCAGGGGGAAACAGUAAAUGCUGAUGAAACUCAGAGAACUUGUCAGGUGAAAUAUGGGAGCUACUGCCUCUGGAGGGAGGAAAAUAAGGAACCCAUGAAAGAUGCUAAGGUGAAGCACAUGAAGGACCUCCUAUUUGUGGCUAGGGCAUACUAUCCAAGUAUUGCUAAAAUGCCUUCUCAAAGCAAGUUGACUCGAGAUAUGAAACAAAAUAUCCAAGAGUUUGAGCGUAUUCUUAUUGUAAGUUCAGCAGAUGCUGAUCUUCCACCACAGGUUGAUAAAAAGUUUGAGAAGAUGGAAGCUGUAAUUUCAAAGGCAAAGUCUUUUCCAGUCGACUGUAACAAUGUUGACAAGAAACUGAGACAGAUCCUAGAUUUGACUGAAGAUGAAGCUACUUUCCACAUGAAACAGAGUGUGUUCCUCUACCAGCUUGCAGUGCAUACAAUGCCUAAGAGUCUUCAUUGCUUGUCAAUGAGACUAACUGUGGAGUAUUUCAAGUCAGGUUCAGUUGAUGUUGAGGACAAUGAGAAAUUUUCAGAUCCCUCAUUGCUUCACUUUGUUAUCAUCUCCGACAAUAUACUUGCAUCUUCCGUUGUUAUCAACUCAACUGUUUUACACGCAAGGGAAAGUAAAAACUUUGUUUUCCAUGUAUUGACAAACGAGCAGAAUUACUUUGCGAUGAAACAAUGGUUUAUCAGGAAUCCCUGCAAACAAGCGGCUAUUCAAGUAUUGAAUAUUGAAAAACUCGAGCUGGACAAUUCUGAUGUGAAGCUUUCUUUGCCUGCGGAGUUCCGUGUCUCCUUCCUCAGCGGUGACAAUUUGGCGUCACAAGGGAAACGAACGCACUACUUAUCUCUGUUCUCUCAAUCUCACUAUCUCCUCCCAAAGAUAUUUCACAAGUUGAAAAAAGUUGUGAUUCUGGAUCAUGACGUUGUAGUCCAGCGAGACUUGUCUCCUCUUUGGGAGCUUGAUAUGGAAGGAAAAGUGAAUGGCGCAGUGAAGGAGUGCUCUGUGAGGUUGGGUCAGCUAAAGAGUCUCAAGGGAGGAAGUUUUGAUGCUAACGCUUGUCUCUGGAUGUCCGGAUUGAAUGUCAUUGAUCUUGCUAGAUGGAGGGAACUGGGAGUUUCAGAAACGUACCAGAAAUUUUACAAGCAGCAGAUGAGUGGUGGAGGUGAGUCGAGAGAAGCAAUUGCACUGCAAGCAAGUUUGCUUACGUUUCAAGACAAAGUUUAUACUCUUGACGACAAAUGGGCUCUAUCAGGGCUUGGUUAUGACUACUACAUCAAUACCCAAACGAUAAAAAACGCAGCCACUUUGCACUACAAUGGGAACAUGAAGCCAUGGCUAGAGCUGGGAAUCCCACAGUACAAAACCUAUUGGAGAAAGCAUCUGAAUCGGGAAGAUCGAUUCUUGAGUGACUGUAACGUGAACCCUUGAUGAGAGUAAGUAAAAAGCUACAGGGCCAAUGCUUUAGAAGCAGGUCACAGAAGCAAAGAAAAGAUUUAGAGUUGGUGGUUAAGCAGACAUCUCAUUUUUGGUGGGGGUAAAUAAACUCGAAUGCAUUGCAGUGAGAAAUGCUGAAGGGAAGAGUGCAAGCAGAAGUGGGUUUUAAAAUUGAUAGCAAAUUGAUUUUUAAGAGACUUAAUCAAGAUGAUUUAAAAUCAGCUUUGAUUAAAAAAAGAGUAUGUGAAGAAAACUUUGAUGUUGUAUAUGAUUUUUGGCAGAGGUGUGUGUGCCAAUUCUUUUCCUCGUGUUAUAUUUUCCCAUUGUUCAUGUGUCAGUUUUUACUUUUGUUGCGUUUGACUUGAUAGAAAGUGAUGAGAAUUUUUAUCUA